AUGCCUCUCACCGGGGACAGCAGGAAGCCAUCAGAUGCCACGCGAGGAGGUAUACUGAGCGGCUGGUUGGGUGGAUCUCGCAACAAUACAGAGGAAGCCAAGCCGAAUGACGAAGCAAUGGAAGGGACGCCCGCGAACAGGCUACGGAGAAGGCAAACCGGUUCAACUGAGACGACAACGAAGGGAACUUCGCCGGGUACAUCACGGUUCGCCUUCUUCAGCCCACCCUUCUCUAAGAACACUCAGACACAAGUCAGCCCAAAGCAGGAUGAAGAGUUGCUGUCUAUGAACAUCCAGGAGGCGCUGUUCCCUCCUACAUCUCCGGCUCACCGGGACGUCUUCUCGCCUGCAGCCUUUAAAAACCUCGAGUCCACAGCCGUCGGCCUAUUAACAAAGUUCCAAAUAGCCUACCAAAGACAGAACGCCGCCCUGAUAGAAUUACGUGUGGAAAAGGACGCUCAGAAUGACGAAAACGAUGAGGCGGAGACACGGAUCCAACACCUCAAGGUCCAACUGGAAAACAUGGCGACCAAGGUCGCCGAGCAGGAGCAGUCGAUGCGACAGCUCAUGACUGAGCUGAAUGCGGAGAAGAAGGCUAGGCAAGAGGAGCGGGCUAUGCGUGAACGGAACCGUCCGAUUUCCGAGGGGUCGUCAAUAUCCGAAGAUCUCGGCGCCGAAGAGGACCAGGCCAGGAGGAAGUGGAGAAAGAGCGCGGGCUUCGACACAGACGAGGAGAGUGUCGAGGAUGCCAGCGUCUUCUCGAGGUCGCGGAGCCCUACAACCGCCGCCCCUAGCGUAUUCGAGGGCAGCAUAGCGGAAACAUCAGUAACACCGCCGCCAAAAUCGAAUACACUCGGCCCCCCGAGGACGUCACGGCCGCCGCCCACGUCAAAACCGUCGCCACAGCAGGCGAGCGUUUUCCAGAAACUCAUGAGAGGGGUAACAGGCGACGCCGCGAAAGAGGAGGGAAGCGCGGCAUCGUGCUCGAACUGCCGCGGGCAGGACGAGCGGGCGGCGUGGAACACCGUCAGUCUAUUGAGGGACGAGAAUCGUGGGUUAAAGCAUCGUGUUGAGGAGCUGGAGAAUUGUGUUGAUAGUGCGCUGGACGUGGUCAACGGGCUUAGACUUGACUGA